AUGAAGUCUGCUCAAUCGAUGAGAUCAAUGGUGGAUUCCUUUACAUAUUAUGAACCAUGUGUACUAUUAGAAAAAAUUCCGAUUCCCAUAUGGAUGGAAAAUAAACAGAACAACGUAGGCCUUACCAAAUUAAAAACUGAAGAAACAGAGGAGUACAUAAAUGGAGAACCUAACCGUAAAAAAUUAAAAACUGUUGAAACAGAGGAGUCCACAAAUGGAAAACAAAACCGUAAAAAAUUAAAAACUAAAGAUACAGCGGAGUUCACAAAUACAGAACCUAACCGUAAAAAAUUAAAAACUGUUGAAACAGAGGAGUUCACAAAUGGAGAACCUAACUGUAAAAAAUUAAAAACUGAAGAAACAGCAAAGUUCACAAAUGGAGAACCUAAACUUAAAAAAUUAAAAACUGAAGAAACAGUGGAGUUCAUAAAUGGAGAACCUAACAGUAAAAAACUAAAAACUGAAGAAACUGAGUUGGAAAUUCCUAAGUUGAUACUGUCAAAAAAUGGGGAUAUAUUUAAAUCGAAACUUAAAUAUUCGAAAAUACAGCCAGAAAUUUCUCAUCUCAAAAAACUACCUGAUAAAUUGAACACAAUAAAUGAGGUCGAACCUUCAAAUAAAGAAAAAUGUAUAAAAAUAAAUCAUGACAAGAAAGAUAAAAUCAAAGAAAUUAAGGAAUCAGUAACACAUAAUACCUUAUUAAUUGGUAAAAUCAAAAUUCGUAACGUAAAUACAAUAAAUGCCAAUUUUACUGAAAAUAACUAUUUUGGUACAGAAAAACCAAAUGUUUCACAAAGUUAUUCACCUUUUGUUUUCCCACCGCUAGGGACCAAGGAAGUUACAAUGCUAUGUUUUGAACAAUUACAUAAAAAAUACUUUGAUAAAAAGGUACAAGAUAAUUUGGCCAUUAAUAACAACCUACUAUUUAUGAAUAUGUUAAUAAAUAUGCAUUGUAUAUCACGGGUAAACUUGAUAUUAAGUAGGAAAGACAAACAUGUUGUGGCUCAGAAUGUUCAUAAGCUGGCAGUUCUGUACAUAAAUUAUUUUGAAAAACUUGACAAAAUGCUACAAACAAAUAUUAUUGAUUUAACUUCUAUUUUUGACGAUUCUGAUUUUGAACAUGGUUUUCUAAUGAUUAUUUUAAGCCUAUUCGUUGGUCUUAAGAUGUUGAGUAGUAAUAUAUUCCAGAAAAGUAAUGUUUUACUGACAAAACUUAAAAAAUUACAAUGGGAAGUUAUAAAAGAUCAAAAUGUUGAUCACAAUAAAAUCCAAACAACUUUGGAAUCCGAUACAUUUUGUUCGUGCUAUUAUAAAAUAUCAGAAUUAAUCGGAGAAAGCUCUCAUACAGAUCCCAACCUAAUUGGUUGUUUUAAGUUAUUGUUUAUACCAUCAGUUCUUAAAAUUACUAAUUUUAAUUCAGUAAUAGAUGCUAUUAUAAAUGCUACAGAUGUCGAUAAAUUAGAAGGCUUAUUAGAAGAGGCAUCAAAUAAAGUACGUCAAAAUUCUUUUUCAUUAAGUGACACUAAAAUUGAAAAUUUAAUCGCAUUGGUGAACAAGUCUACUCAAAAAAAUAUCAAUGGCAGUCAUGAAAUGGCCAAACCGAGUACCAGUGGAUUUACUACAAUCGAAAAUACUAGAUCCACGUCAAUGCAAAGUGAAAAUACUCCACAUAUAGUUCAUGCAAGAUCUUUAAGAACUGAAGAACCAAAUAUGGCAAUAAUUGAUUGCAAGUCAAAAGUCUGGGUUGUUGAAAAUACUUCAACUUUUAAUGUUCCUGAAGAAUCUAAAGACUGGUUCAAAAAACCCAUUCCUAAUCAACUUCAAAAGAAAUCUACUCGUAAAAAAAAUUCAGAAUCCAAAGAAUUGAAAACGCUUUAUGAGGAUUAUUCUAAUACACAUUUAACAAACAUACAUUCAUUGUCAAUAGCUGACCGUGUGAAAUUACGUAAAACAAGAAAUAAUUUAAUUACUGCAACUAAAACAACUGAAGACUCACGCAACAAACUAAGAUCAAUCAAAAGCGAAUAUAUGUACACUCCUAGUAUUGUUAAUACAAGAAUUACAAGAUCCUCAAAAUUAAAUAUUAAUUGUGUUGAACCUCCGAAAAAGUCUUUAAAAAAAAAACAUGCACCUAACCGAGUUAAAGUUCAUAGAGCUAAGAAUACCACAACUGCAGUGCCAUCAAAACCUAACGACUUGUUCAAAAUACCCUUCUCAAUUAAAAAUGAAAAUUCAUCUUUCCCACAGAUAUUCUUUACAAGUAUCCCAGAACAAAAUAGAGUUAAUAAGAAUUCUCCACUUCUUACAAGUAUACCUACAACAUCAAUUAUUAAACAUGAAGAAGUUUGUCAAGAUAGAAAUUGUUGUACUAAAAUUUCAACGAAUAAUUGCAUACACAAAAAUGUAAGCUCUACUAUGAAAACGGUCAACGUACAACAUGGAUUAAAUGGAAAUAAAAUGAUCACAAAGCCAAAAGAACUAUCUGUUAAAAAUAUUUCCAAAAGCUCGAGCAGCCACAAUAACGGUGUGUAG